AGACCAAAUAACAUCUUAACCUCUUGCUACAACCUAAUCCCCUUCUCUGGAUAACGGAGAAAAGAGCAUGGCUUCUUCUCUCAUCGCCUCUCAAACCUUCAUCCUCCAAAACCCCAUUAAUUUUCUCUCACAGCACCACUCCCUCACCGCUUUCUCCUUCCCCUCCACCUAUAACCGCCACCUCCUCCCUGCCGUCUCAAAACCCAAAGUCCUCUCUUUCUCCCGAUACCCAAAACCCUCAAAAUCAAAAAUCUCGGUAUUCUUUUCGGCUCCACAUGCACAUCCAGAUAUAAAAUCUCCCCCAAACCGAAAUCCAUCUCAUGAUUUGCUCUCCGGGUCGACUCGGACAAUCACUACUCUCUUUGCCACGGCCCUAAUCGCCUCAAAAUUCUUGGCAGGCGGUAUCCUAAAUUUGGCCGUGCAAUUGAAAGAACCCCUGUUUUAUACCGCCGGCCCGGCAUUCUUCGCUGCGAUGAAGGACGUCCCUACCGGGUCGUUGAACACGCCGUUCACGGUGGUGGCGGCCGGGAUGGCGAAAUGGCUGGAUAUUUAUAGCGGGGUUCUGAUGGUUAGGGUUUUGCUCAGCUGGUUCCCUAAUAUUCCCUGGGACAGGCAGCCUCUGUCUGCAAUUCGGGACCUAUGCGAUCCGUACUUGAAUCUUUUCAGGAAUAUAAUCCCUCCAAUUUUCGAUACACUGGAUGUUAGCCCACUUUUCGCCUUUGCAGUUUUGGGAACGCUUGGCUCAAUUCUGAACAGCAGCAGGGGAGCUUACUGAGUAUUUUCUAAAAUUUUGUAGUUUUUGAUAAUGAAAUUGCGUGCAUUUUGGGUCUAAUUUGUUGGGGUGUAAUAGUUUUUGUAGCAUCUUUGUUAUAGUUACACAGAACUGGGUAAAUUACUUGAAAUGCUAGAUCUUUCGAUGGCUUCAUAAUUCGUUACAUGGCCAAUUGAUUGGUAUUAAUACUUUAGUUUAUGUAGCAUUUUGAGGUUUCUUCUGACGAUCUCUUCUCUAAUUGACUAUAGGAAGUUCUUCUA